CAAAAUACUCAUCCUCCCAGACCGAGUCCGAUUCCGAUUCCAACCCCUCCCCAGUUCCCUAAAACCGUCAACAAGUACUCUUUCCUCGCGCCCCCGUGGAGAGGUCUUAUGAACGGCGACGCCACGAGCUUAUCCGCUGCGAACCCAGCGAGCGGCGUUGGCGGCGGAGAAGAAGCGGAAGCGGUGGCGGAUUAGAGCCCUCCCCAGGAAUGUGGGAGGCGGAAAGGACUCAUAGUGGAGAUUCGAUGGUAGGAGGGGAGUCCAUGUGCGGAUCGCCGCCGGCCGUGGGAGGAGUUGGUGGGGUUCUCGAGAGCCCACAGGAAGGUGGUGGUUGCGUAUUGUUAGAUAGGAGGCAAGGAGAGGAAUGUGAGCCCUGGUUGGCCUCAGAUAAGAAUGGCGACUCAUUGGACGGCAAUGGUGGUGUUGGGGGCCGGUCAUUGGACGGGUUUCACGAUGCUGGUUAUAUGGGUCUGGAGAAUGCUUAUGUUGUGAGUGAUGGGACGGAGAUGUUGGAUGUAAAGGAGAGAGCUUGCUUUCCUUCUUGUGAUGGUAAUGUUUCUUCUUUGGAUAUCGAGCAUGGUUCGAGGGCAUUGGUUGAAGAGGAGGAGGAGGUGGAAGAAGGUUGUGGGGGUCUGGUGGGGGCUGAGGAAGCAAGUGGGCACGUUGUUUUAAAUGUAGAACCUGUGGUGGAGACUCCAGAGAUGGUGAAUAAAGAAAAGUGCAGCACUGGUUGUGGCGGUCUCGAGAGUGGUCUCCAGAUGAGCAGUGAUUUGGAAGUCAGGGAUGGCUAUGGUGUUACAGUGGAUGGUGAUGAUAGCUUGGGAGUAUCAGUUAAGGAGGUAAAGCAUGUUGAAGAAGGUUGUAGGGGUUUUGUGGAGGCUAAGGAAGAGAGCAUGCAUCUUGUCUUAGAAAAUGGACCCUCAAAGGAGACUUUCAAUGUUGUUAAUACGGAAGAAUUGAGCACUGAUCAUACAUUCCUUGAAAAUGGUUACCUGCUGCAAAAUAAUUCAGAUACUACAGAACUGGUGGAUGGAGCCUACUCUCAUCGUUGUGAUAGCCAUGGUUCUUCUGUCGAAGUUGGGAACUGCUCUGGAGUAUUAGCUAAGGAGAAUAAGGAGGUCGAUGAUGGUUGUGGGAGGUUUGUCAGGGCUGAGAAAGAGAGUAAGCAUCUUUUUGCAGAACACAGAACCCCAGUACAGUCUCCAAAGAUGGCUAAUGAAGAGGAGCAUGAUGACUUUCCAGGUCUGUCACCACUGAGAACACUGGAAGGAGAUGGUUCACGAAAUUCUUCUGGGAUUGGGAUUGGAUUAGAAGGCGGGUACAUUGCUGGAUUGUUUGAUGAUAUCAAAGACUGUAGUGGAUGUGAUAAUGCCCUUCUUGUUUCGUCUGAACUGGCAGCAGAUUUCCCCUUGAGAAAAACAAGUGAGGGCACCACUAAACAUAUAGAUAGGUUUUGCUGUCCUCCUCUUCCUAGAGAUUGCUUGGAUGCUUCAAUAAACUGCAAUGUUAUGCUUUGCUCAAAAGAUGGAAGUGGGGAGGAGAAUCAGCUGUUAAGCUCAGAAACUGUUUAUUGUCCAACCAUGGAGUUUAAGGGAGCACAGAAGGAUCAGCAGGAAUCUGGAUAUUGCAGUCGUUCAGAUGGAAUUAGUAUUCCACAGGGAGGCAGUUGCCAGAACUUAAUGGAAGGCUCAGAUCAUGAAGUAGGAUCUUGCUCUGUCGUGGAAGGAUCAUUCUCUCAGCAACCAUCUAAUCCAUUUACUGCUUCAGAGAAUUGUCCUUCAAAUUCCUCGUUGGGGCAAAAAUUCCUGGGGAACAAUUCUGAUGCAUGUAACACAAUGUUGGCUUGCUGUGGCAAAAGUGGAAAAGAUUUUUGUGGACAGUUGAGUGAUGGAGGAAUGGUCAAUCCAAAACCUGUUCCUUUAAUUGUGUUCAGGCGUACAAACCCUAAACGUGCUGCUUCCUCAAGGAAAAACCUGAGUGAGGAGAACUUGGAUCCAUUAAGUAGAACUAAAAAUACUGCAAGGAAAUGCAGGAAAGCAAUUAACUCUAAGACAUCAAUUUCAAGCAGCAUAUUUAGGAUCUCAAACAAAGAAACAAGAAAAAGAAGCUGCUUGCACAGACCAGUACGGCAGUCUGUCUGGGGGGAGGCUGAAAACAUUUUAAGGAUAUUCAAGCAAAAUGGCAAACUUGCAAUAUCUGAUUCUGAUCCAAUGCAGAUUCGGAACAAAAGGUCAAAGAAAGGGAGGCAUAGUGUAGGUAGAAAACUGCGACAGACAACUCAAAAAGAUGGGCACUUGAGGUUGUCAAAAACUAAAUGUGCUGUUUCAACUAAUUCUGUGCAUAUAAAGGAUCAGAUGCAUGUGCAGCCUAUGUUUCCUGUUGUGGUUUAUUCACAGGCUUCUGUACAAACCAAUAAUAAUGUUUGCCUGCCAAAUUUAGAUGGCCAUACUGAUUCUGGCAUUUCCAGUAAAGUUGAGGUUGAACGGAAACUGGCAGAAGAUAGGCAUGUUGAGGCAGUCAGGUUGCUUCAACAAGAUGGACAGCAGGGAGACAAGGAUGUGGAAAGUACUUUGACUCAAGAAACAUCUGUUGAUAACAUGCUGGGUGAGUGCCCUGGGGUUUCAUCUCAAGUAGGGUCUGAAGCCUUGGUGGAAACCAUGAACAACAGACACUUGUUAGAUCCUGGGUCGUCACCAGACUCUGAUGUCUAUAACCCUGUUAUGGAUGUUGGAGUCACUGCUGGUGAGAAUGCCACUUCAACAAGCCCAGAUGCUGGACUGUUUACGAGUCCACUUGUUCCUGUGCCUGUGGUUCAAGAUGACCUACUAUCUGCUCCAUCUUUGGAUAUAUAUCCAAAGAAAAACACUAAGAAAGGAAAGAAGGGAAAGAAAGAAAAGAAAGGUCUUGAAGCCAGUGUUAUGACAUGCACCAUAUCAGAACAUCCUUUUAUUGAAGAAAAGUUGCAUGGUCUAGAAAGCGCAGAGAAGGAUGGUGAGCGUUUAGAGAUGAGUAGUAGGCGCAAAGGUAAAAAGCAAGGUAGCUUGGAUGAAGGAACUCCUGUAUGUUCAAAGUCCAUCAGAAAAGCUGCUAGAAAAUCUUCAAGAGAUAUGACCUCUGAUGUAGAUUCUGCAGUGUUUGGAAUGGUUGAACUUGAGAUCUGUGAAGAAUCUACAAAAAAGGAAGUUUAUUCAGAUAUACAGGCACCACCUGCGUGUGAUGCAGGAAAUAGACAGUCAGCAGAUGGAACUUUGGGGGCCUCACUGCUGACUGAUCAAAUCAAAGGGUGUAAACUUCCUAGAAGUGCCAGUUCCAGGGUGAGUAUGUGUAGUUCAGGUAAACCUGAUUCAGCGAGACACAGGAGAAAGGAUGCGCAUGGGCAGAAGAAAAAUAGAGUAAGGAAGACAGGCAAUAAGAGCAGAAGCAAAGAGAAAAGUCAGACCCCUGAUUCUUGCUUAGAAGCAAGUGGGAGCAUGAGCUUGUCUUCGGGAGCAGCUAAUAAGUUGGCACCGACUGGAUCAGCUGAACUAAUCUGUAAAACUAAUUUUGGAAGAGAGGCUGUUCCCGAACAUGUAUCAGACUCUGGUAUGGCACCUGUAGUUGAGGAACCGACAUCAAUCAAAGCUUCUGUGGUGGAGGGGCAGUCUUUACCAUCACGGGUUGCAUGGGUGUGCUGUGAUGAUUGCCACAAGUGGCGCUGCAUAUCAGCUGCACUUGCAGAUAGUAUAGAUGAAACAAAUUGCAGAUGGACCUGUAGGGACAACACAGACAAGGCAUUUGCUGACUGCUUGAUACCACAAGAGAAGACAAAUGCAGAGAUUAAUGCAGAGUUGGAGAUUUCAGAUGCUUCUUGCGAUGAAGAUUUUUCCUGCGUACAUCCUAGUUCUAAGGGGAUUAAAACUUCAAAGUCAACAGCCUUACAGCAAUCCUCUUGGACACUUAUCAAGUCUAACUUGUUUCUGCAUCGCAAUCGUAAAACUCAGACCAUUGAUGAGAUCAUGGUUUGUCAGUGCAAACCUCCUUCAGAUGGCAAUUUGGGUUGUGGAGAUGCAUGUUUGAACAGGAUGCUUAACAUAGAGUGUGUCAAAGGAACCUGCCCAUGUGGCAAUCUUUGUUCGAAUCAGCAGUUCCAGCAACACAAAUAUGCCAAAUUCAAAUGGUUCCGUUGUGGAAAGAAAGGCUAUGGCUUACAGCUGCUUGAAGAUGUAUCUCAAGGGCAGUUUCUUAUUGAAUAUGUUGGGGAGGUGCUUGAUUUAGCUUCAUAUGAAGCUCGACAAAGAUACUAUGCUUCCAGAGGUCAGAAGCAUUUCUACUUCAUGACGUUGAAUGGUGGUGAGGUGAUAGAUGCAUGUGCUAAAGGAAACUUGGGUCGUUUCAUCAAUCAUAGCUGUAAUCCUAAUUGUCGCACUGAAAAGUGGAUGGUAAAUGGAGAAGUUUGUAUUGGACUAUUUGCGAUAAGGGACAUUAAGAAGGGUGAAGAGGUAACAUUUGAUUACAACUACGUGCGGGUGUUUGGUGCUGCUGCAAAGAAAUGUGUAUGUGGUGCUCCUGAAUGCAGAGGUUAUAUUGGUGGCGAUCCGUUGAAUACUGAGGUUAUUGUUCAAGAUGAUUCAGAUGAUGACUAUCCUGAACCAGUGAUGAUCCAAGAUGAUGGUGAAAGAGAGCUAGAUGUGGACAAGACUGUUUCAGAUGCUAUGGAUGCUAUGACUUUGAAACAUGAAGAUGUUUCUAUAGAAAAUAAGGAUUUGCUAAUUCAGUGUGCUACCACAAUCACAGACUCAGAGGAUUAUCAACGAACAAGUGAAACUAUAUGCAGACCCUCCUCUGAUGCUAACUCAUUGGAUGCUUCUUGUCUCACUCUGAAUCCUAUUCAAACUGAAAAAUCGAUGUCCAGACCCUUAUCUGAUAUUCACUCAUGGGAAAACUCUGUACAGAGUCUAGAUGAUAGACAAACUGAAGAGACCAUGUCCAGACCUGUAUCUGAUGUUCAACCAACACAGAGUUCUUUACAAACUUCUAUUUCUGGGAAAGAAUCAGUGUCUGAUUCCAUCCUGAAUAGCAAGACUUCACUGUCCAAUGUUGUUAAUGAUAAGCGAAGCAGUUUAAAAACUUAUCCUGCCAGAUCAUCUCAUUCAAGCAGGACAAUAAAGAAGAGCAAGUCAAAUGUAAAAAGUUUGGUGCCCCCCAAGGCCAAAAAAUUGCCAACAAGUGCAAGUAGUGGGCAUUUUGAGGGAGUUGAAGAAAAACUUAAUGAGUUACUAGAUGAGGAUGGAGGCAUUAGCAAGAGGAAAGAUGCCACCAAAGGCUAUUUGAAGCUCCUCUUUGUCACUGCAGCAGGAGGGGAUCGUGUUAGCGGCUGUGCGUCUCAAAGUAUACGAGACCUUUCGUUGAUACUUGAUGCUCUUUUAAAAACAAAAUCGCGGACAGUUUUGGUGGAUAUCAUUAACAAAAAUGGAUUGCAGAUGCUGCACAAUAUAAUGAAGCAAAACCGCAGUAAAUUCAACAGAAUUCCUAUCAUCCGAAAGCUUCUCAAGGUGUUAGAAUUUCUAGCACUAAAAGAGAUCCUUACUCCAGAACACAUGAAUCAAGGUCCUCCAUGUAGUGGAAUGGAAAGCUUUAGGGACUCAAUAUUGAGUUUGACCAGGCAUAACGAUAUGCAGGUUCAUCAAAUUGCUCGUAACUUUCGAGAUAAAUGGAUUCCUCGUACUAUCAGAAGAGUUGAACCAUCAGAUAGGGAUGAUGGCCAACUAGAUUCACAACAUUCCUACCGCAAUUGGUUUGAGUCAAAGUAUAGACGUCGGCAUGAUCAUGUGGCAAGAGACACUGAUGCCAUAGUCUGUGUUAGUGAAGCAGUACAAAAGCCAACAUCUUCAUGUUUAGUUAAUAUCCCUGGAGAAACUUCUUCACAUCCUGGCCAACUGGUAUGCAGUUCUUCACCUGUGGUUGAUGACAAUACAGCACGUGGGACAAGAACACGCAAACGUAAAAGCAGGUGGGAUCAGCCAUCAGAUAUCACAGUCUUAGAUCCAAGAACCUUGUGGUCAAUUGAAGAUCAUACUGUCGAGACAGGUUUAAAGUUUAUAAAAGCUACUAAUUCACAAUCAGAACUUGGUUCUCAACUUGAGGAAUUAAAGAAGGAUUUUGGGACCCAGGGAGAAGAGAAUAGCUCAUUUGAUGAAGUCGCAAGUAUGAAGAGUCCAAUGCAGCAGAACCUUGUUGAUGAAGCACCGCCUGGAUUUGGGUCUCCUCAGAAGGAUCGCUAUCCUCAGGCUUCUUUUGAAACUUCAGUUACUACAGGGGAAGUAGUAAUGGGGUGUAUACAGGAGAGAUUCCUUUCUCAUCUCAGUGUGUCAUAUGGCAUUCCUUUGACCCUGAUGCAGCAGCUGGGAUCCACUGAAGCUGGAGGCAACCAGAGUCAUCCGAACUGGUUGAUUGCACCCACCAUGCCUUUCCAUCCUUUUCCACCUCUUCCACCAUACCCAUGGGGAACACCAAAUCCUACAAGUCCAGCGGAGAUAUCUGACCACAGUAUGACUCGGGCUGCAAAAGAAAUGCAUCUAACCAAACGACGACUUGAAGAGUCUCAGACAACAGAUCUGACUGUUCAAAGCACAUCAGGGGAAGGGCCAGCAGAUAUAGUUGAAUCAAGGCCCAGGAGCUCCUACAUUACUGGAAGAGCAAGAUGGCCUUCCAGUAGCUCUGGAAGGAGGUUUAUCCGACCACAGAAAUGGAACAACCAGAGGUUUCAGAGAUGUUGGCCUCCUUGGCCCCGGGAGGGCAAUGGCCGCGGUUGCAGUUGGAGCGAAAAGAACGGGGAUUCUGGUGUAGGUGUAGGAAAUCCAAGGGAUGGUAGUGAUUUAUGUUCCUCAGAGAAUGUAAGCAAUGAUGUUACUAGCUCUAAUUGUCAUCAACCACCACAAAAUAAUUGAUUGUGGUCAUUCGAUUGAUUGAAAAGUAGGGGCAGCAAUAGGCGCUUCUCGAUGUAUUUAUAAUUCUUUUACAUGCUAAUAUCUAUCAGAUGCAAUUUCUAUUUUUUGAACUACGGGAAGUUGAUUCAAUUUGUAGGUUUAUGGCUUAACUGUAUGCGUCAAAUGAAGUCUUAUUUCA